UUAAACUUAAUCGAGAGAAAUCUGAUGUAGAUAAUGCAUUCUGACCUGCAAAGACUGAGGUCAAUUUCCAUGUAACACCCCAUCAGUGUGAGGCAAUGAUCUAAAUGCAUGGCUAAAGCUGCUGGUAUUGACUUUCUUUAGUGAGAGUUGGCAGCUUUCCCUCAGCAACUCAGUUGUUCCCACUUUGUGCCAGACGUACACAGGAGCAGAGGCGGGUCACGGAAGUUUGGCUGAUGUGCAGGGACUCAUGUGGAGGGCGCCAACGAUUUUUAAAAACUUUUUGGUGACCGCGUCAGGGCCGUAUGACCCGUGGAGAUCUAAGUCACCAUCGGCAGUCUGUCCACACUGCUGCAAGUCAUAAUGGCAGAGUGAAGAUGGGGGACUGGAACUUCCUCGGGGGGAUUUUGGAGGAGGUGCACAUCCAUUCCACUAUGGUUGGCAAAAUCUGGCUCACCAUCCUGUUCAUCUUCCGCAUGCUGGUCCUCGGCGUUGCAGCCGAGGAUGUGUGGAAUGAUGAACAGGCUGACUUCAUAUGCAACACAGAGCAGCCAGGGUGCAGAAACGUCUGCUAUGACCUUGCUUUCCCGAUCUCUCUCAUUCGCUACUGGGUGCUACAGGUCAUUUUUGUGUCCUCACCUUCCCUGGUUUACAUGGGCCAUGCUCUGUACAGGCUGCGGGCGCUGGAGAAGGCUCGCCAGAAGAAGAAGCAUCUGCUGAGGAAGGAGCUGGAGCUGGUGGAUGUGGAGCUGGCAGAAGCCAGGAAGAGGAUUGAGCGUGAGAUGAAGCAGCUGGAUCAGGGGAAGCUGAACAAAGCUCCUCUGAGGGGUUCUCUCUUGCGGACAUAUGUUGCUCAUGUUGUCACUCGAUCUGUUGUUGAAGUGGCCUUCAUGUUGGGCCAGUAUCUCCUUUACGGAUUCCACCUUUACCCUCUUUUUAAGUGUCAGCGGGACCCCUGUCCUAACGCUGUGGACUGCUAUGUGUCCAGACCAACGGAGAAAAGUGUCUUCAUGGUUUUCAUGCAGUGUAUUGCUGGAAUUUCUCUCUUUCUAAACAUCUUGGAGAUCAUGCAUCUGGGUUACAAGAAGAUUAAAAAGGGCAUUUUGGAGUUCUACCCUCACUUGAGAGAAGAAAAGGAUGAGCUUGAUGAAUACUACGACAACAGGUGUAAAAAAGAAUCAGUUGUGCAAAUAUGUGCAACCAGAAAGGCAACGAUUGUCUCUGCACCCAGUGACUACAACCUCCUGAUGGAGAGGGUUCAGGGGAACAUUAUGUACCCAAAUCUCAUCAAACCUUCAACUUUUCUACCUCUGCAGGGCGAGCUGGCCAAUCAGCAUGAUUUGGAUGAUUCUAGAUGUUCAGCUCAAAGCCCUCAGGACUGUCACUGCAACCUGACUGUCAAUGAGUCAUGCUCCCCGUGCUGUGACUCCCUGAUCCAUCCAAAGCAGGGGGCUGAGGACUUUUUGUGUCGCCUUCCACACACAAAGGAGGAUGGGAGCAGUGGAGGAGGGAGUCCAGAGUCUCCAAAGAAGGUGGCUGCUCACUCUUCUUCCUCCUUCCCCACACUGCCAGUGAGUGCAAUAAGAAAACCUUUUAGGGCACAUGGAUCUUUCAAAUGCUCCACAGUGCUGGAGGGUAAAAGCUCUGACACAGACUCAUACAGUGGAGCGAAAACCAGUAAUGGACCUCCCUCUGCUCGAGUACCAUCAAAGUCAGAUGUCAAACAUCAGAGCCAGCCUUCCAGUACAGAGUCGGUGGAUGAUUCGAGCUUAGCAUCCAGGAACAACUCCAGACCUCCUUCCUCUAACUGCAAAACAUCAAUGGCAAGCAACACAAGCAGCAAACGAGCAACUGAUCUAAAAAUCUAA